GGUCAGGUGACUCCAAAGCCCCGCCCCAAGAUGGCGCCCGGCCUGCGGAGCCUGAGGAGGAGGCGGAGGAAGAGGAGGCUUGCCUGGGACUGAGCGGGUGGAGAGCGGCAGGACUCCGGGGAAGGGCGCCUGGACUCAGCCAUCGCUUUGUUUCCAUUCCCAUCCCGUUGGAGACAGGGCUGGGGAAGCGAGGAGAGCCAGGGAAGGGCCAUGGGCGGUGGAAAGGGGCCCUGAAGAGAGACGGAGACACACAGACUGCCUUCGCCAUGGCUCUCAGGGAGCUCAAAGUUUGCCUUCUCGGGGACACUGGUGUAGGCAAAUCAAGCAUUGUAUGGCGCUUUGUAGAAGACAGCUUUGAUCCCAACAUCAAUCCAACAAUUGGAGCAUCCUUUAUGACCAAGACAGUACAAUAUCAGAAUGAAUUGCAUAAAUUCCUAAUAUGGGAUACAGCUGGACAAGAGAGAUUUCGUGCUCUGGCACCAAUGUACUACCGAGGAUCUGCAGCAGCUAUUAUAGUGUAUGACAUCACAAAAGAGGAAACGUUCUCAACAUUAAAGAAUUGGGUGAAAGAACUUCGCCAGCAUGGACCUCCCAAUAUUGUUGUAGCUAUUGCUGGAAAUAAGUGCGAUCUUAAUGAUGUAAGAGAAGUCAUGGAAAAAGAUGCUAAAGAUUAUGCAGAUUCCAUUCACGCAGUAUUCGUAGAGACCAGUGCAAAAAAUGCAAUAAACAUAAAUGAACUCUUUAUAGAAAUUAGUCGUAGAAUUCCAUCAACAGAUACCAACCCUCCAUCUAGUGGUAAGGGCUUCAAACUUAGAAGACAGCCUUCGGUGACAAAGCGUAGUUGCUGCUGACUGAUACCAUAUUAUAUCAGAUUAGCUUUUACAAAUUACUUGGCCUUGGAAGUUAAGGGUUUGUUUUACCUUACUGGUUUCCGAAUCCUGUCUGCCUGAUGUUCAUAGACCCUAAAACGGACUGAUCCUGGCAUAUUUGUACAUGCUGAGGAGACGGCAAUGGUUAUGCUGUCAGACUGUUUGCUUGUGGACUAUCUCUUGUAUUCAAAGGGAAUCAUCUUUAAUUUCUGCUUUAGCCUUGUGGGAAAGACUCCAACGUACAGAUUGUAAGACCUGAUAUUUCAUAGUUUUUUGUAAGCAAAACUUUGCUAUGUUUUUGUAAGGGGGGGGGGGGAAACAAGCACUUUGUGGAUUUUGAUGGGAGUGGGCAAGCUUUGUGCAUUCAAAUGUGAACUCUGAUCUUAAUGCAGCUCUGCACUCCAUAUUUUUGUUCCUGCAAGCCUUACUAUUUUCAUUUCAUUGUAUCUCCAAAGUACAGACUGAACAACUGAUUCAUAGAUGGCUGCAAAAUAAUGAUAUUUUAAACGACCAAAUUCAACCUGUUUUGUCCCCAAAUCUUAAUUGCACUUUUAUUAUGUACUAAUGGUAGAGUAGAAAUACAAGGUGUCCUUUAGGGAGGAAAGAGGUUCAGAACAUAGCCUUAGACAAUCUUACAUUGUUAUGCAGAAUUAUUUUAAACAUAAAUAGACACACUUCUUAGAAACCUCUCAGUGGGGUUCUCAUUAAGGUAGUACAAAUCCUAAUCGAAGCUGACCAAAAUUAACUUGACCACAGCUGACAGGCAUCAGUUGCUGUCAGUAGUUUUAGAAUUAGCAUGUUGGAUGGGGAACAUUUUUAAUUGCUUAGCAUGAGCAAUUUUAUACUCUUAUUUAUGAGACUAAUGCCUGAAGUAUUAUAAAUUAUGUAAGUGCCAUAGAUUGAAAAUCAAUUUCCUUUUGUCUCUCCAUCCCUUAAUUUCAUGAUGGGAGUAUAACAGAGUCCUAAGGUCAGGACUGUUGUGGACCCAUCCUGUGAGCAUGAGGCCUUGCAUCAACUAGCAGCUCUAGUUAGUACAGUGCUGGAAGACACUCCUCUAUCUGUCCAGUAGAGGUUGCUGCUAGUGUACCUUGAAGCUUGUGCGUGGAAUAAAUCACCUCUGCAUGUGGAAAGCGAAACAGGGAUUCGGAUCCAAGGUGUGUGGCAGCGUAGAGCGUUGUCUCCUCGCUCUUGGUCCUAUCCUUAAGAUGUUUUUUAAAAAAUCUUGUUUUUAAACAGACCAGUUCUCGGCUUUGUAUUGUGUUUUCAUUUUAUAUUAAACUAUAAAUUAAUCUUGCCCAAUUAUACUAUUUCUCAUUAUUUAUUUUUGUUGCAAACUGCUCAUACAAAAAUAGACUUGGGGCGGUGCUUAUGUGUGUUUCUCUCAUAAGAAUAUAACCACUUAAUAAACUCACAAUGUGUAAAGUAAGUUAUAAUGCUUUGAUAUUCACAGAAACAUGUCUGUGGUGGCUUUUCCCCAAGCAGUUGCUUGGCAUUUGACCAUCUUAAGUAAGUGUUUUCAGCUGAGAAGGAAAUUUCAAAGGAUACAUAGGAAAUGAAACAGCUUGUGCUUCAAAAA